AUGGCAGAAUGCAUGAAAAAAUAUGGGAAAUCUUUUCUUCCCUAUAAUUCUCUGGUUCGAAAAUCUUAAAAUUUAAAAUCGGAUGUUUCGUUUGAUCCUGUUUAAUCAUGUGUUGUUGAGCCUAAAGUUCCAGACACACAAGGAGACGCAAUCUAAUUAAUUACAAGUGAUAUACCUUCAAUCUAAAAAAUGAUUCAAUCCCAAUAAAAUUCAAAGGUCGUCUCGAAAUUAUCUUAUGAUGGAGGAAUUGAGUUAUUGAAGGAUAAACAAAAAUAUUUAGAACUACUUAUAUCAAAUUCUCUUGAUAGCAAAUUGCUUCAAAGACCAUUCCUAUUAUUUCCAGCAUAACAGUAAUACUUAAAUUAACUUGGUACAUUAAUAAGUUAAUCACCUAAUGCUUCAUUUUGCCCAUUCUUGAAUAUAAAUUAAAAUGAAAAGAAGCAGUUGCAAUAAAAUUUAGAUCAAUAACAAAAUAUAUCAGAUAUAUGUAAUAAUACAUGUUAAUCCAACUAAUUCUGCAAAUAAUCAACUAUUUUAAAACCAAAAGCAAUAAAAUAAAAUAUACAUUUUAAAAAAGAAGAAAUAAAAUUUCUGAAUUAGGAAGAUUCUUGUUAAAGUGAAGUUAUAAAAUAGGAAGAAAGCAGUUGGAAUGAACUUCCUUAACCACUUAAGAUGAAAAAACCUAGUAAAAAAUUACUAUCAAAUGAUAGUUCUGAAUCCUUCAAAGUAAUAAGAAAGAAAAAAGAAAAGAAAAUAAAUGAUACCAAAAACAUAACAAAGAAUUUUUCAAAAGCUAUCAUCUCAUAUAUUAUAAAUAACCCAGAUUUACUUAAAUAAUUCUUCUCAUCUAAAUAAUAUGAAGACUUUUUGGUUUUACUUAAAAAUAAAAAAAAUUUAAUGACUAAUAUCAAAUAGUUAAGAGAUCUUUGGAUAGAUGGAGGCAAGUUUUCCGAAUUUAAUAAAGUUUUUAGAAUUAUAAGGUAUUUAUUACCCUUAAUUAUUUAAGCUAAUACUUUUUAAAAAAUCAAUCAGUAGCUUAUGUUUAUAAUUCUAGAAUAUCAAAUACUAUAUGGCAUCUUAAGUAUAGAUAAAAUUUGUUGAGAGCAUUAAAAGAGCCUGAAAAUUUUAGAUUCAUUAAAGAUUUAUGAUUAAAUUGUUUGUUGUCAAAUCAAAA